AAGCUGGACUCCUUUCUCUUCGCCAUCAUUGAACUGCUCAGAUGCAUUCGUCAGCUCUUCGUCGCCGCCAGUGACCGUCGUACCACUCCCUUGGACAGUCGCACCCCUUUAGUUCUACCAUUCCUUGGAUCUGCCCUAUCAACAACUUGUCAACAACCGCCUUCGAGAUCCCCUUCGAGACGGCAUCGAGACGAGGAACUAAACCCGUGUCUUUCCUACUUGUGCAACUGGCUGCCAAACCUUUUCUCCGUCAAUUGGGUUCAUUCUUUGUAGACUACCAUGGCCACAUAUCUUCAGCCGCGUCAGCCGUUUGCUGCCCUCGACGGCUCCCGCUUGCAAGCUCUUGGCAGCAUCAAAAACCGUCAGAAUGCCAUUGCCAUACACGAAGACCCUGCUGCACCACCCAGCAAGUCUGUAGAAGUCAAAUCCAACAAGCGAGCAUUUUUGCCUGACACCCUCGCCGACGAGUUUGAUUUCGAGAAUGUCGAUCCCAACAUACUUGCCUCGCCCUCCAAGAAGGCCAAGGCUUCUGAUGGUACACCCCUCAAGGCUUCGCGGGCAAGUUUAACCCUGACCACUACACCUCCGAGCUCACCCGCUGCGAACCGUAAAGCAAUCUCCUUGUCUGUUCCAGCAUCAAGCAACGUCACGCCAAUCUCCCACAGCCGGGGUUCGCCAAAGCAUAAACGUAUUGGUCUGCUAUCCAAGGGUCGUCGUGCUAGCUCGUCACCUUUUCGACGAAUCGAUCCACCUGCUUUCUGUGCAAGCAAAGUCGCCUCCCUUCCAUUCUCCAUUGAUGCCGCCUUGAGCGGCACUAUCUCUUCGUAUAAGCCUGCCGCUCCAAACACAGAAGCCGCUGCAUCGACGAAACAUAUGCCCAAGUCGUGGUUUUUUGAGAUUCACGAAGACACUCCAGAGGAGGAAGCUGCCAACCUAAUGGAGCACUCUGCCAGUAUUCUCGACAUUAGCUCAGAUGAUGAUACCGAAACUAAGCAAAGGAAACUGGAGUCUGAGGUUGGCAAGGAGAAUGUGCCCCCGCCAGAUUGGACAGUUCCUGCUUCAGCGUCGGUUCGUCGUGCAGCUGGUUCGGUUGUGCACAAGGGAAUUCAUUCGAAGCUAAAAGCUGCGCAAAAAGAGGAAAAGGCGAGGGCUGGUGACUUGAUGCAAGACGAUCGUGUUGCGUUAGCUGAUAUGCCACGUGAGGACUUCUUCCCUGAUGGGCUAGAUGAGAAGUCCGUCGAGAUCAUUCCUUCUGACGAGCAUAAACUGUCCGGCCUGUCCAAGGAAACAACCUUUGAUUUUGUCGCCCCGUCGCCGGAAAAGAACGAUGAAGGAAGUACGGUGGCGGAAACCCGAGAAGAAGAAACCCUUGUACGACCAGAUUCGCCUGAGGAACAGCCUUCAUGAUACGCCGUCCUUCUUCCCCAAAUUUUUUUUCAUUUUCUGUAUCAGCAUUAUACCAGGAGUCAGCGGGUCUGCUAUCAUGUGGUUAUGAAGUAGGGCGUUCGAGGUAACGUUACUGGUUAAAGUACGCUUGGCAGGACUGGGUAUGUUUUGUUUCGGCUGGAUUGGAAUGUAAUUUUCAGCUGUACACUUAAUGGCGCGCGUUUCACACAGCAAAUAUGGCUUGAUUUCCUUUUGCAGUCUUGAUUCGUUUGUCCAGGGUGAUUUAUUGCUCCCG